UGUAUUUCUUCUGGGAGGAUAACUGAAGGAAACAAUCUUUACCUCGAUUCGAAGAAGGGUAUCCCAGACUAUUCAGCCAGCCAAAUUCAGCGAUGGGCAAAAUUUAUUCUCGGUUACGAUUUUGAUAUCCUCUACUGUCACACUAGGGAUUUUGGCCAAGCUGACGCUCUUUCCCGCCUCAUGUGUAAUCAUCAGGAACCUGAGGAAGAUACGGCGAUUGCUGCUACUUCGAUUGAGGACGGAGUGCGCCGCCAGCUUUCGGACGCCAUACGAGGCAUUCCUGUAACAGUCGCCGACAUCCGAUGCCUUACCGAACAGGAUCCCACCAUGUGGUCAUUUCCCCUUCACUUCGACGCCAGUUUCAUGCUGCUCAGCUUGGCACCAGUCGAAUGA